UUACUGACUGCAGUCAUGUUGUUUAAAGGAGUUUGCUGUAGCAAGCUGACACAGACAGAGUUAUGCUGACAAUAGUCUUUCUAAUUUAAAGGCAGUUUGUUUGCGCUUAAAAGUUUCUGAACUGGAAAGAAAAUGCUAGAAGUCACAUCACAGAGAGGAAUUGCAUCCUAUAUUGUGUGAGUGAAUAAAGCCUUUUUGCCUAGAAAAGGAAGAGAAAGUCGGGCUGACAGAAAGCAGGCCUGAGGGAGCCCAGAGCCCAGGGGAAGUGCAGGCAAAGACCAGGCAGGACACAAGUCAGUUCAGAACGUUGCAUCGGCAGGUGUGAAAUUGUGCAAGCUAAAGAGCAGAAACUACAGUCAGACCUAUAGUCCCAUUGGCCAUAUGAUUACCACAAGGAGGCUACCUUCGGAUAAACCUGUCCACAUUUCCUUGAGCCUAGAUGACCUUACAGAGCUGAAUAUCCCUGAUGAUUUUAUUCCAAACGUUUACCUCCAACUUGAUCAGCAUCUCCAGCCUCUGCAGCCAUGCCUCAACUCCAAGGAGUCUAUAUUGGUGUUUCAGCAGCACUGCAGGAUAGCUGAGGAGUACCACAAAGUGCAGAAAGAAAUCGCAUUGCUACGAGAGCGAAAAAAACAGCUGAUUGCAGAACUUGAUCAAGAUGAAAAGGAUCAACUGAAUGCUACACACCUGACACAGGAAUACCAGCAGCUUGCUGAAGAAAACCACUCUCUGACUACCUACCAUUUACAGUGUAGAGAACAUCUAGAGAAACUUCAGGUGCUACUGCAGCAGCAACAGGGAUCUUCCUGACUCCAGACAGGCAGUUUUUUUAUUUAUGACAUACAGAAUGCUGGAAUAGCUAUGGAAUCUUCUUUGAGGUUCACAGAAUCAAUUGGAAGAGUUUACAGUAAGGAGAGCAGAAACCAUCGUGCUAGUUCACUGAUUUACUGGAAGCUGAUUUGCAGCAUUGCUGUAGUUUUUUCCAGAUGAGCUUUUCUUUUUGUAUGUAUAAGAUAUGCUGCAACAUUUUGAUUUGCUAGUAUCAAGAAGUACAAUAAGGAAAGGGGUUUAAAAACCCCAGAAUUUGUAAACAUGCAAAUAUUAAAUGGAAUGCUUUUGAUUAUAACAAAUUGAGAACAUGAAAAAUAACUUUUAAACAAAACAUUUGUAUAAUGAUUUUAAAAAAUUGCCAAAAGAACCAUAUAUAAUAUCAAAGCAAAAUAUUCUUACAUAUAAUUCUUUAAAAUUCAGUUAUAUUGAAAUCUAUUUGAAAAAUCAACAUUUUAAAUCAACAAUGCAUGCAUGCAUCAAAAAUGUGAAAAGUGUUUGCUCGAGAUUUCAAAAAUAAUUCUUGAAACCCUUGUUUCUAAGCUGUUUCUCUUUUCAUUUGGUCCUUUGCAAAUUGAAAAUCUGCACUGGCAGAAUGAGUAAAUGUGCAGGACUUUUAUAGAUUAUGUACACCAAAAGUUUCUAUAUUUACUCUUUCAGUCAUCACAGUACAAGAAAUUCAAAUGGACAAUGUAUUAAAGUUAUGAUCUGGUUACAUUUUUAUACAUAUAUAGCU